CAGCUGUCACGCAAUGUUUUGAAGAUAAAUUGUUUGUCUUAAUGUUUUCAUAAAAAUGUAUUAAAAACUAAUGAGCGUUUAAACAAUAUUGUAAGAAAAGAAAUCAAAAUCAUUUAAAAACCAUGGAUCAACCUCUGCAAUCUAAACUUUCAUCUUUGUGUCUAAUAUCACAGCAUAAAUUACAAAAGAUCCUUUCAUUAUGCGGUGAUAAAGCCGAUUUAAUUAUAGAUCCAUCUCUUAUAAAACCUUUGGAAAGGAUAUGUGGUGUAACUUGGCUAAGACAACAUGGCAUUGAAAAGAUCUACAAAAUGGAUCCCCAACUUGGACAGACUGUAAAUACAACUAAAAUAUAUUUCAUAUCUGCCUGUAAACAUAAAUAUAAGUGUGUGCUUGAUCAGAUUUCAUCACAAAUCAGUCAAAAACCAUCUCUAGCUGACUUGAAAUGUUUUAACAUAAUUAUUGUACCAAAAGUCUUACAUACAUAUGAUUCAAUAUUAGAAAGCAGGGGUUUAUAUGGUGUUGUGAAGCUUCAUUCUUUUUCUUGGGAGUUAAUGUCAUUGGAUGACAGACUUCUCAGCUUGGAAUUGCCAUUUUUAUUCAAGCAAUUAUAUGUUGAGCAAAAUCAUUCUCUAUUGUCAAGUGUAUCUUUGUCUUUGUGGAGUUUAUUCCAUAUUACCGGUCAACCUAAAUGCAUAAUAUCACUAGGAAAAUUGUCUUCUAGUGUUCUUGAUAUAUUGGAAAUUUAUAAUGAGACAUAUUCAAGAGAUUUUAUAAGCAAAGGCAUAGAUGAGAUUGAUACAGUUUUGUUAAUAGAUAGAAAUCAAGAUUAUGCAUCAAGUUUACUCACUCCAGCGACAUAUUCCGGUCUUUUAAAUGAAAUAUUCAACAUAACAUGUGGACAUUUAGAUUUAAAUGUCAAAGAAACGAAAUAUAAAAAAGGUAAAAUGAAUUUUACAACAAUUCCAGAUGAUAAUCCUAAGAAAAUAACCAUGAAUUUAGAUAGUUCAAUAGACAGUCUGUACGGAGAAAUCAAACAUAGACAUUUCUCUGAAGUUCUAAGUGUAUUGAGUUCGAAAGCUAAAUUAUUAAAAAACGAAGACAUAAAAGCGUUGGGUAUACAAGAAAUUAAACAUUUUGUGUCAACGAAGUUACAACAAGUGGCUUUAUUUAAGCAGAAUCUAGUGAACCACGUACUGGCCAGUGAAACUAUCAUAUCUGAAAUGAAUAAUAAAUUUGAAAACGUAACAUAUACAGAGAAUGAAAUGUUGAAUAAUAGAAAUAAGAAAUCUAACUUUAAUUUUGUCGAUGAAAACUUUGGUACAGACAUACAAAUCUACAAUAGUCUCAGAUUAAUGUGUCUACUCAGUUUAACACAAGGACUUUCUUACGAUGAAUAUAAUAAUUUAGUCAAUAAAUAUCUUUUAGCAUUUGGAUAUAAAUUUUUGUAUGUAUUUCAAAAUUUAAUCAAUGUUGGAUUACUCAUUCAACCUGUAAGUCUCAAAUUAUCACUGAAUAUAUCUAAUUUGAGUGGCUUAAGUGAUAGAUUGCCAAAAUGGCAGACAGGUUUUCAAAAUCAAGCAGCAAAAUUAAAGCAAUUGCCAUCACAGGGUGAUACAAAAUCAUCACCGAGUUAUGUAUUCAACGGAAGUUAUGUGCCAUUAGUGGCCAGUAUUUGCAAUAUUUUAUUUACAUCUGAAUCUUUAUCUGAAGCAUUAACAAAACUGUCUAGUACAUUAGAAUUAAAAUUAUCUGGAUCAUUAUUAGAGAAUAUGAAAGAUGGUAUACAAACAUUGAAUGAGAAAUUAUCAAAUUUAAAACUUAAUAGCGAAUUGGAAUAUGGAUGUAUGGAUGCAAAAUCUUUGUUAAAAAAAUUAAAAACAGACAGUAAGUUAUCGAAUGCAUUUAGUUUCAAGACAAAGUCCGUACUAGUGUUUGUUAUAGGGGGUGUUACAUAUGCAGAGAUUGCAGCCUGCGAUGUUAUACAAAGUGCUACGGGAAGCAAGAUAUAUGUGGCCAGUGAUUGUGUUGCCAGCGGUAGUGAUUAUAUGUCUGCAUGCUCUUGAACUUAAAUAGUGGAUUUUCCUGAUGAAAAGAUACAUGGAAAGGGAAAAUAUUCGCUUUCUGUGCAUCCUCUCCAUCGAUUAAAGGUAGGCUAUGCAUCGGCAAUUGCGUAUGUCUAUUAGGCAGAGAUCGCUUCGCCAUUUCAGCGAAUUCUGGUGGCCGCUUGCCACCUUAUAAUCUCUCUUUCUGACUAGCUUGCAUCUCACAAAGUGGUGGGGUUAGCUUCCCAAUAAUUACUAUUCCAUUUCGCUCAGUCCUCGACAUCUUUGAGAUUUGGCGCUCACUCGUCUUUUACUAAAACCAUUUAAAACAAAGACAAAGUGACAUGUCUCAGUGUAGUGGAAUUUCUUGGUAAAUUAUUCAGGCUAUCAAGCUAUUAAAAAUUAUAUAAUUUUUAUAAUGUUGCAUUUUUUGCUAUAAUCAUAUGUUUAAUAUUUUAGUGAUAAGUGUUCGUUCACUCUUUUUAUAAUAAUACUCAUAGUAGCUAUAUUUGUAUAUGUCUUACGUUUUAUGUAUGUUUUAAAAUUA